UCACCCAAAGCCAAUAGUUAUAUUCAUCUUUAUCAAGAAAUUGUUAAAGCCGAAGCUGAAAAUGAUACUACAAGUCAAAAUCAUACUUUCACAAAUACAACUUGGAGUUUACUUGGUUAUUUAAAAUACAGAGAAUGCGAAGAUGAUUUUACAAGUGAUAAAUCAACAGAACACAUGUCUUAUGUUAAAAACCUUGAAUACCUUAAGGAAAAUUCGAAAGAAUGUCAACAACCAGCUGAGUACAUCUUGGUUGGUGACAGUGGGGUACAUCCUUCUUUAAGCAUCAAGUAUGAAAAAAUGAGUGAAGAUGUAAACUCUUUCUGGCAGUCUAUUAAUAUGAAGAAACAGCUUGAUAUAAAAAAGUUGCAGUGUGCAGGAAAUGCACUGGAUGCGAUCACCAACGAAACACAUUUAAGAUCAGUUGUAAUGAGUGAAAUAAUAUCUAUUAUGAAACAUCCACUAGAGCAUAGUGACGAUGUCUACCACAAUGAAAUUGGCACACUAGCAUUUUACAUAAUCUAUCAACAAAGUGUCAGCAGUAACAAUAAAGAAUUUGAAAGAUGGUUACGCAAAUAUAAGCGUUUUGCCGGGGCCAUGACAGUUUUAUCAAUGGUGCACAUUGAGGUGUUGAGAUUAUUAAAUUCCAAAUUCUUGGGAUUGGAAAUUUUCAAGGCUAGAUUUGAUCAUGGCGCGGUAAAAAAGAUCUUUAUUGGUGGUCUGUUCAAUUUGAUUAUUGAAGAUAUUCCUCAGCUUGUAAUUGCGGCAUUAUAUCAACAAAAAACGCAAUCAAGAGAAGUAAUACCAAUCUUGACAAUAAUAUCAGGUGUAAUAAUGUUAUUAAAUGAUCUGAUUAGUAGGAUAUAUGAACUUAUAACAGUACCAAAACCUCGUAAAUCAGAUGUAAAUCCAAGUAAUAUAAUUAAUUCAAACCCUGGUCUAAACGAAACAAGUCUUUACCCAAAACAUAGUAAUAAGUCUGGCAAUCUAGAUAAUACAAGUAAUCCAAGUUUAGGCAAUCCAAAUUUUUAUUCAAACCAUAUUAAUAAUAGUUCACAUCAUGAUCUAAAUGGUAAUUACCGAUCACUAGAUCAAAAUUAUCCAUUACAACCAAUAACAAAUUAUCCAUUACAACCAAUAACAAAUUAUCCAUUACAACCAACAACAAACUAUCCAUUACAACCAACAACAAACUAUCCAUUACAACCAAUAACAAACUAUCCAUUAUCAUUAACAACACAACCGAUUGUACCAAACAAUCAACAGAUUGAAAUUUCACCUGAGGGACAACCUUAUACUACUGGUUAUGUAUAUGUUCCAAAUUAA